GUAGUUAAAUAUGCCAUACUAAUAUUUGAACAAACACACUCUGACAAGAUAGCUCUAUUCAUGUUUGAUAAUAGUAGCAAUCAUGGUUCAUUUGCUAAAGAUGCUCUUUUGGUCUCACAAAUGGGCAUGGGUGAUAGUACAAAAAAGCUACUUCUUCAUAAUGAUGUAAAACCUGAUAAUACUAAGCAUAUAAUGACCUAUGUAGAUAUGAAUAGUGAAAUAAGACCUAAGGGGAUUAAAUAG